CGCGGGCACUGGGUCAGACAUUGGAUCGUCUGGCUGGACAGCGGGCACUGGGUCACCAGGCAUCAGGCCAUUUGGCUUGACAGCGGGCACCGCGUCAUCUGGCAAGGCAGUGGGCUCCGAGUCAACAGGCACGACAGUGAGCACCGGGUCAUCAGGUACCGGAUUGUCUGGCUCGACAGCGGGCACCGUGUCAUCUGGCAAGGCAGUGGGCUCCGAGUCAACUGGUAUGACCGCGGGCACUGGGUCAGACAUUGGAUCGUCUGGCUGGACAGCGGGCACUGGGUCACCAGGCAUCAGGUCAUUUGGCUUGACAGCGGGCACCGCGUCAUCUGGCAAGGCAGUGGGCUCCGAGUCAACAGGCACGACAGUGAGCACCGGGUCAUCAGGUACCGGAUUGUCUGGCUCGACAGCGGGCAUCGGGUCACCAGGCAUCAGGUCAUUUGGCUCGACAGCGGGCACCGGAUCAGGUACCGGAUCAUCUGGAUCAACAGCGGGCAUCGAGUCAACUGGCCUAAUAGGAUCGUCAGGCUGGAUCAGUUCAUCAUGCUGGGUAGAGGCAUCAGGCCGAGUAGAGGCUUCAGGCCGAGUAGAGCUUCAGGCCGAGUAGAGGCAUCAGGCCGAGUAGAGGCAUCAGGCCGAGUAGAGGCUUCAGGCCGAGUAGAGGCAUCAGGCCGAGUAGAGGGC